GGUCCUUGGGACUUUAUUCACCCACCAAAACAACCCAAACUCCAAAACAUCUCAACAACACAAACUUCUCAAAGAGAGAGAGACGCACACAUCAGGAAAGGAGCUUGAAGCUUAAACCAAUGGCAUCAAUGGCAUAUUCAAUCAGCUACCAUUUCACCCACAAAAACAUCAUUCAACAACAAAACACCCAUCAUUUUAUAAACCCCUCUCUAAAACUCAGCAUCCUUUCUUGUCAACAAGAACAACAAAUAAAGCCUAAUGCCCCAAUUAAUCGAAGGGAAAUCAUACUAAGAAGCAGUGAAUUUUCUACACUUGCAGCAAUCUUCCAUUUCAGUGGAACAAAACCAGAAUAUUUGGGAGUGCAAAAGAAUCCACCUUCAUUAGCCUUAUGCCCUGCAACUAAAAAUUGUCUUUCCACUUCUGAAAACUCAUCUGACACUUCCCAUUAUGCCCCUCCUUGGAACUACAACCCUGAAGAAGGGAGGGGGAGCAAGAAACCUGUGAGUAGAGAAGUGGCAAUGCAGGAGCUUCUUGCAGUCAUUAAAUCAACAAGGCCGGAGAAAUUUACACCAAGGAUCACGGAGAAGAAAGACGAUUAUGUGCGUGCGGAAUAUGAAAGUCCCAUAAUGGGGUUUGUUGAUGAUGUUGAGUUCUGGUUUCCUCCGGGGAAGAAGUCAAUUGUGCAGUAUCGUUCUGCAUCUCGUUUAGGGAGUUUUGAUUUCGAUAUGAAUCGAAAAAGAAUCAAGGCAUUAAGGCAAGAGCUGGAGAAGAAAGGAUGGGGUUCAGAAAAUACUUACUAGCCAUAGUUCAUGAAGUCUUAAUGUAUGUGGGAGAAUCAGUUCUUCACUUAGUGAUUCGAUUCCAUUUCCCUUUACUAACAAUCACGAAGUAUUAAAGAUAAAAAUGCCCUAGUGGAUUCUAUCUGAUUUUUUCUGUCAAGUAACACUUCCAAACUGACUCUAAUAAAACCUGCUUCUUGGGUCCUUUCCAACCUGUAUUUGUUUUCUAAAAACUGAGUCCUCUGGAGAACUGCCUUGAUAGUAAAAUCAAAUGCAUCAUCUAUUGUUCCAA